AUGGACUGGCUUGUCUUCUUCCUGGCCGUCCCUCGCUCGUGGUCUUUCGUACAGAAGCAGCGAUCACCCAACCAGACGCUCCAAUCGGCGAAAUCCGCGGCCCUAGAUGCCAGAUUUAAGGCAGCUUCGUUGUUUGCAAUCGUAUGCUCGGGGCUUAUUGUGUUCCGCCUAAUCUACAGCAAUCGGGUUUAUCAUUCAAAAGUUCCUUACAUCCUUCUCCUUGUGACUGUGCUUGUUGUGAUCCGGAACGCUUACUCCUUGGUCGGUUCUUUUGUGUGGAAUCUUUCGCCUUACCGCCUCGGAGUGAGUAUUGGGUGGUUGUAUGGUCUCGGAUAUGGCCCGGUUUUACUGGUCCUCUUCUUGUUGAACCUCCGCGGUUACCUCGAACAGAAUGAGGACAAACUACUGAUCGCCGAACGGGCUCAUAGGGGAGAAGAGCUCGACAAUCGGCUUCAUGAUACAAAGCACAAGAUCACAGGCAAUAUAAUAAGAGACAGGCAGCCUUUUAGGCUAACCAAAGGUCGUCAUGACGACGGGUCUUCGAGCCAUGCCUUCACCCUGCCAAGAUCACAAUUGCGAAGUCCGUUCACGGAUGCCGACAGAGGCACAUCCUACAGCCACAAGAACGACGAUGAAAGCGGACACUAUUGGUGGCAGAAACGCAGGGAAGGAGCUGAGGAUACAAGGCUCCGAAGGUCUCGAGACACUACCUCAACUGUACAAAAAGCGUUGCCCAGUGUCGACAGUGAUAGUGAUCAUGCAAGCAUGACUUUGAGAUGGACUGAACGGGAAACACUGAACUCGCCGGCCCCAAGCGGGGCUCAAAGGAGCAGAGUACAAACCAACCAGAGUAACCGCAGCGUAUAUGGCUCGCCAGGGGAAGAAACUCCAGGUCCUCCCUCGUCGACCGAUUCGCUGCAAUCGAGGCCGCAGGUUGUCAGGAGUAUGUUAGAUGUGUAG